AACAUGUCCAGAAUACAAACAAAUUGUUUAUGAGCAUUAAAGUAAUCUCAGAGACCCGUUUUUAACCCGCCCCGCAAUGGCGGAACACUGUGAGGCUGCAAUUGGCGAUAGCCACUGGCUAAAUUGGUGUCGCCUCUGCGCUAAGGACGAUGCACGGGGCAACGUCAAAAUAUACACAAGUGCCAAUGAGAACACUUGGAACAGUAUCUUGGUGAUGGCCAUUAGGAAAUAUUUCGAUGUGCAUAUGCAACUGGAGGACGCGCUUGGCGGCGUGCUCUGCAAAGAGUGCUAUACAUUAGUUAGCGAGCUAAUUGACUUUGCCGAACAUGUCACCAAAGUUCAAGCCAUCUUUGAGGUACUGCGGCUCUCCGAGCCCAAUAAGCAGAUCGAUAUGGAAGCGCUCCGGCAGCAGUAUGGACUUCGGGAAGGCGACUGGACGCACAUAAUCAAACCGGUUUCGGAAUUGGAGAACAAUACAGCAAAGCAAAUGAGCGCUGAUGUAAAGACAAUAUCAGCGGAGCUAUCAAAUCAAAAGCUUGUAGAUUUAGACACUAGCUUGGACGGUGAGCUGCCAAAGCGGGAGUUUGUAGAUUUGGGUGCUGGCUUGGAAUCUGAGGUAACAAAACCGCUGCAAAACGACGAAGAAAUGAUUGUCAGUCACUUGCACAUUGAAGAAAUUGAAGUUCAUGAUAAUCCCAUUAAGCCACGAACUCGACGAAAAAGUUCAAAAUUACGCAAAACUUAUUCACCCGAAAAAACAGUGAAGAAACGAAAAGUGAAAUGGAAAGACGAGCCGAAGGCAGAAAAGAGCGGCAGUGAGGCUGGGAAUGGUCAACGAGCUCUACCGGAACACACUGAAGAAGGGCUUGAAAAGGGUUCUUUAAGCCCCGAUGCUAAUUUGGAGUAUCUACCAGAGGUAGACUCUCCCCCUACAAGUACCGUAAAGCCUGAGGAUAAUUUAACCAACAGCGAUAGGGAGGAUGUUGAAUCGGAAAAUGAAAAUUCAGAUAUUCCCUCGAAGCGCAGCAACAUGAAGUGCAAAUGGUGCGGUAAAAUGUAUCACAAUCCAGCCUCAUAUCAAAAGCAUCUAAGAGUUGUUUGUCGCAAAGUCGAACAGCGGCCAAGGAUGGAUAAGAACACAUUCUGUGAGCUCUGCAACAAAACGCUGUCCUCGCCCGCAGCACUAAGGUUGCACAAGGAGGGCAUGCACGAAAAUGCCAAGCCCUAUGUGUGUGAUCACUGCGGCAAGCAGCUGAAGACCAUAACGGCACUCAACGAGCACAAGCUGGUGCAUACGGAAGAUCGUCCGUUUAACUGUACGAUAUGCAAGGCUGGCUUCAAGAACAGAGCUCGACUGAAGGUGCACAAUCAAAUACACGAAGAGCCCAGCUAUGUGUGCAACAUUUGUGGCAAAAAGCUGCAGACUCGCCGGACAUGGAACAUGCACAAGCUGGUGCACAGUGAGGAGCGCAAAUUCAAGUGUGAUGUUUGCGGCGCACUCUUCAAACGCUCCAAAACACUCAAGUCGCACCUGCUUAGCCACACGGGACUGCGUCCCUACGUCUGCAAAUACUGCGGCCAAACAUUUGCCUGCAAUGCAAAUUGUCGCGCUCACAAGCUGAAGAAGCAUCCGCAGGAGCUCAAAAAGGAGGAGGGCGAGGCCAUGUCCUCACGUCUCAGUGUACCCACUCUGGAGGAGCUACGUGUCAUGUCACAAAAAAUACCCAAACUGGAACCGGAUACAUCUAACUAAUGUUCGUACUGCAAUUGAACCAUUCUAUGAAAUUAUAAACUUAUAUAUACUUUUUUUCCCAGUACUUAUUUAAUAAGAAAUAAUAUAGCGAAAAAAUGUAAUUAUAAUUUACUGUCGGUAUUGUUUAAAGCCAAUAUGUUUAUUUGAUCCGCCCAA